AUGACUUCUUGGCUUCAGCUGGCGAACAAGACAGCCGUCGUAACAGGAGCUGCGUCUGGAAUCGGAUCUGCGGUUGCGAAAGCGCUGGUAUCCGAACGUUGCCAUGUGGUGAUCGCCGACCGUGAUGUGUCUCGGUUGGAAGAGGUUGCCAAAUCCUGUUCCGGCAUGGCGGCUGGCAGUGUUGUAACAGCGGUGGAAUGCGAUGUUGCAAGCGAAUCGCAAGUCCAAUCUCUCUUUCAGAAUUUACCGGCGACUUCCUCUCCCGCCACCGUCCUUAUAAACUGUGCUGGAAUCACCCGAGACGGAUGGAUUGGACGCAUGAGUGUUGAUCAGUGGCAGCAAGUUCAAGAUGUGAAUUUGCUGGGAACCUUCUUGUGCUGUCGAGAAUUCUUGGCUCAACCAGAGUUGCAAAUGCCAAGCAAGACGAGUUUAGAUCCACCAACUGAGCCCCUGGGAGGCUCCAUUGUAAACAUUAGCUCAGUGGUAGCUACACAGGGGAACCUCGGACAAGUGAACUAUGCUGCCAGCAAGGGAGGCGUCUGGAGUAUGACCAAAGCUUUGGCCCGAGAAGUGGCGCAACGAAAGAUCCGUGUGAACUGUGUUUUGCCAGGAUUCGUUGAUACCGAAAUGACUCAAGCAGUUCCUGAUUCCGUGAAGGAACAUGUCCAAAAGAAGAUUGUCUUUCAGCAGCAGUUUGGGCAACCAGAUGACAUUGCCAACUUGAUUCUAUUCCUAGCGAGUUGCCAUCGCAGUGGAUACAUCACAGGAGAGGCAAUUGAGUGCAGUGGGAUGAUUUCAUUGUGA